AUGAAAUCUUCUCUGCACUCUGUAUUUAGCAUUAAAGAUCUCGGUAUAUUGAAAUAUUUUCUUGGUUUUGAAAUAGCUCGCAAUACCAAUGGCAUUUCCUUAUGUCAAAGGAAGUAUUCUUUGGAUCUCCUUGAAGAAACUGGAUCGCUUGGUUCAAAACCAUGUUCCACACCAAUGGAUGCUAAUUUAAAAUUGUCUAUUUCAAUUGGUCAGCCUCUUUCUAAUGCCACUAUUUUUAGAAAAAUGAUUGGACAGCUUUUGUAUCUUACAAAUACUCGUCCUGAUAUCUCUUUUGUUGUUUGUAGGUUGAGCCAAUUCCUUUCAGCACCUACAGACUUGCAUCUCCAGGCUGCAUUUCGUAUUGUUCGCUUCAUCAAGAACAAUCCUAGUAAAAGACUAUUUUUCCCAGCACGUUCCUCAUUUCAAAUCAAAGGCUUUUGCGAUUCUGAUUGGGGUGCAUGUCAAGACACAAGACGUUCUUUUACAGGUUGUUGCUUCUUCCUUGGUGAUUCAUUAAUUUCAUGGAAAAGCAAGAAACAAUCCACUGUUUCACGUUCUUCAUCUGAGGCUGAAUAUCGUGCGCUGGCCCAAGCUACAUAUGAAGCUCAAUGGCUUCUUUACCUACUGAACGACCUGCAUAUUCCUCAUCUUAAGCCGGCUGUUCUAUACUGCGACAAUAAAUAUGCUCUUCAUAUUGUCUCUUCAUAUUGGUUUGAGACAAGAUUCAAGAUGGAAUUCUUCACUUAA